UUGAUUUUCUGUACCGAGUCGCAUUGGUAAUCGCCUGCUUUUGUCUGACAGCAGCUAUCGCUCGCUGCCGGGGCGCCGUGUAGCCGUAAAAAAAAAACAUAAAUAAGCCCCGGAAAAGGCUCCCAAAAUAACAUAUUUGCUUUUAAUACACUAUUCGGAUGUAAUAGUUGAAUUUGUGUCCACUAAGAGCAUCUCGAGUCCGCGUAGAAGUGCUUUUGUGCCGGUCCGAGGCCUUGUAGCAAAACAAACCACUGCUGUCAAAGUCUUGCUCAGCAAGCGAGUGGGAUUUAUGAACAUCUUUUUGAUCCAAUUCUGGCUUUUCUCCGCCGGAAAAUGGACACGGAUAAGUUUAAUUACGUUUACAGCUGCGACUUGGACAUCAAUGUUCAUCUUAAAAUAGGCAGUUUGGAAGGCAAGCGAGAGCAGAAGAGCUACAAAGCCCUGCUGGAGGACCCCAUGCUGCGCUUUUCGGGUCUCUACCAGGAGCACUGUUCAGACCUCUACGUCACCUGCCAAGUGUUUGCCGAAGGGAAGCCUCUGGCCCUGCCGGUUCGCACCUCCUACAAGGCCUUCAGCACCCGCUGGAAUUGGAAUGAGUGGCUGCGACUGCCGGUCAAGUACCCAGACCUGCCCCAAAGCGCCCAGGUGGCCCUCACUGUGUGGGACAUCUACGGGCCCGGUCGAGCCGUCCCCGUCGGGGGCACCACGGUCACCCUGUUUGGCAAAUACGGAAUGUUCAGACAAGGGAUGCACGACCUGAAGGUUUGGCCUGGUGUGGAGGGCGACGGCGCAGAGGCCACCGCCACGCCGGGACGCACCAGCAACAGUCUGACCGAGGACCAGAUGGGCAGACUCGCCAAGCUGACCAAGGCCCAUCGGCAGGGCCACAUGGUGAAGGUGGACUGGCUGGACCGCUUGACCUUCAGGGAGAUCGAGAUGAUCAACGAGAGCGAGAAGCGCAGCUCAAAUUUCAUGUACCUAAUGGUGGAGUUUCCCCGAGUGAAAAUGAAUGAGAAGGAAUACAGCAUCGUCUACUAUGAAAAGGAUGGAGAUGAUGCGGCGCCCGUGCUCACCAGCUGUGAAAUCGUCAAAGUUCCUGACCCGCAGAUGGGCAUGGAGAACCUGGUGGAGAGUAAGCAUCACAAACUGGCCCGUAGCCUCCGCAGCGGGCCGUCCGACCACGACCUGAAGCCCAACGCGGCGACACGGGACCAGCUCAAUAUCAUCGUGAGCUACCCUCCGACCAAGCUGCUGAGCUCGGAAGAGCAGGACCUGGUGUGGAAGUUCCGAUACUACCUCACCACUCAGGAAAAAGCGCUGACGAAGUUCCUCAAGUGCGUCAACUGGGAUCUGCCCCAGGAGGCCAAGCAAGCCCUGGAGCUUCUGGGUAAGUGGAGGCCCAUGGAUGUGGAGGACUCCCUGGAGCUCCUGUCCUCGCAGUUCGCCAACCCCACGGUGCGACGCUACGCUGUGGCGCGGCUGCAGCAGGCGGACGACGAGGACCUGCUCAUGUAUCUUCUCCAGCUGGUCCAGGCGCUCAAGUAUGAGAACUUUAGCGAUAUCCAAGGAGGCCUGGAGCCAGGCAGCAAGAGAGACAGCCAGGGACUUUCAGAUGACUCCACACUGGACAGCUCGCAGAUCCUGGCGGCCGCAUCUGGAGCCCUCGCCGCCGCGCAGAAAGGCAAAGAAGCAGCAGACGGGGAGAGUCUGGAGCAAGACCUUUGCACAUUUCUCAUCUCACGCGCUUGCAAGAACUCGACACUGGCCAACUACUUGUACUGGUACGUCAUCGUGGAGUGCGAGGACCAGGACACACGGCAGAGGGACCCCAAGACCCACGAGAUGUACCUGAACGUCAUGAGGAGGUUCAGCCAGGCUCUGCUUAAGGGCGAUAAGAGUGUGAGGGUGAUGCGCUCGCUCCUCGCCACCCAGCAGACGUUCGUGGACCGCCUCGUGCAGUUGAUGAAGGCUGUGCAGAGGGAGAGCGGCAAUCGCAAGAAGAAGACCGAGCGGCUGCAGGCGCUCCUGGCCGACAACGAGAAGGUCUACCUCUCGGAGAUCGAGCCCAUCCCGCUCCCGCUGGAGCCUCAGAUCCGGAUCCGAGGCAUCGUCCCCGAGACGGCGACGCUCUUCAAGAGCGCGCUGAUGCCCGCCAAGCUGAUCUUCAAAACGGAGGACGGCGCCACCUAUCCGGUCAUCUUCAAACACGGCGACGACCUGAGACAGGAUCAGCUCAUCCUCCAGAUCAUCUCGCUCAUGGACCAAUUGUUAAGGAAAGAGAACCUGGACCUGAAGCUGACACCUUACAAAGUGUUAGCCACCAGCACCAAGCAUGGUUUCAUGCAGUUUGUCCAGUCGGUUCCUGUUGCCGAAGUUCUGGCGACCGAAGGCAACAUUCAGAGCUUCUUCAGGAAGCACGCGCCGAGCGAAAAGGGGCCGUACGGCAUCAGCUCCGAAGUGAUGGACACCUACGUGAAGAGCUGCGCCGGUUACUGCGUCAUCACGUACAUCCUGGGCGUAGGAGACCGACAUCUGGACAAUCUGCUCCUGACCAAGACGGGGAAACUCUUCCAUAUCGACUUCGGCUACAUCCUGGGCCGCGAUCCCAAGCCGCUUCCGCCGCCUAUGAAGCUGAGCAAGGAGAUGGUGGAGGGCAUGGGGGGCAUGCAGAGCGAGCAGUACCAGGAAUUCCGAAAGCAGUGCUACACAGCCUUCCUGCACCUGCGCAGGUACUCCAACCUGAUCCUCAAUCUCUUCUCCCUCAUGGUGGACGCCAAUAUUCCCGACAUCGCCUUGGAGCCGGACAAGACGGUCAAGAAGGUGCAAGACAAGUUCCGGCUGGACCUGUCGGACGAGGAGGCCGUCCAUUACAUGCAGAGUCUGAUCGACGAGAGCGUUGGUGCCCUGUUCGCCGCCGUGGUCGAACAGAUACACAAGUUUGCUCAAUACUGGCGUCGGUGAGCAGUGCGGCGAGGCCGAACUCGGCGGGCCUGAAGAGAGUGAAACUGGGGGGGGUGGGGGGUGAAAGGCCCCAAAUGAACUGCAAGAUGGCUGCUGAUGAGGACAUGCUCUGUCUUUUUUUUUUUUUUUAUCCUUGUAAAUAUGUAGUGUUCAAAUUAAUUGAUUAAAUGUAUGAGGGUCAUUUUCAUAUAAUUUGAUCAGUAACGGUAAAGACAUGGACCACUGAAUUUCCCUUUGAAAAUCAACUACCGUAAUUUCUCAUGUACAAUACGCACCCAUGUAUAAUACGCACCCCCGAAGUUGACCUCAAAAUUCUGGAAAACCCUUCAACCGAUGUAUAAUGCAUUUUUACAAUGCAUGAUUUUGCUUCUACCCAUAUGAUCAAAACAUGAAGUAUUAUCUGUAUUUUGUUAGGUUUUUUUCAAAUAAUUAUUCUGAAGUUGAGCACUUUAUUUGAACACGUAACACUUUCUUUUUCUUACUUGCUCUUAUUUUGAAAUUCACAGCCCUACUUUUAUUUAGUAAAUGAGAAAACACACAGUUGUGUUCAUAUGUUUGAUUAUCCCCGACAGAAUCUGUAAGAUGGGGACAAUUCUUUAAAGGAAACAUGAAGGGCCAGGCCAAACGCAUUUUAUUUUAUUUUAAUGGGAUUCAAAUGAAACUGUCAAGCAUUUCAGAAAAGCAUUAUCAUUAAACAAAACAUAACCACAAAGAAAUUAAUGAUGGUUGUUGUUCAGUUAUCAGUUGUAUUGAAAAAAAAAUAAAAUAUUUCACAGAUUCUGUCAGGGUAUGUAAACUUAUGAGCACAACUGUACAUAUAUGCAGUCAUACGUUUCCCUGUCAUAUUGGAAUGAAAGUGUAGGAAACACCUUUUACAUAACCUCUAGGUGGCGGUGGCAUCUUGGCAUCAAAGUGCUCAGCUUUUUCAUAACCUCUAGAUGGCAGCAUACAUUUAUAAAAUGUGAAAGUUUUUUUCCCCAUUUUCCCCUAUACCUAUGUAUAACGCACACUAUUGACUUUUGACAUUUUUUUGGGGGGGGGAUACGCAUUAUACAUGAAAAAUUAUGUUAUCCAUCAAAAUGUCGUAAUUGUUUUGAAGAAAAGAAUAUUCUAAAGUAAUGUUUUUCAAGCUUUGAAAGCUAAAAUGUCUUUACCGUUAACUGUUCAAAAUGAGCGAGUUUUUUGAAACUGCUAAUGACAUUUUUUGGAUAUACAGUAUUGCAUUUUUCUCCUAAUGCUUCGUAUUCUUUUCCAUGAAAAUGAACACAAAUGCAUCCAAGUGUCUUCAGAGUUUCUUUUUCUGCUUGUUUUACAAACGGUCCUUGGUCAUUCAAGCUGUCUUUACCGUUACUGCCACUUAUUAUUUUGUUGCAAUACACCGGAGGGAUCUGUGAUCUGAAGUGCAUUUUGCAUUCACACAAUAGCACACAGCAAAAUAAAUAGUGUUAUUUCUGAUAUAUGAAUAAAUAUGUAUGAAUUUGUAAAAGUGCCGGAACUACUGCGCGUCUUUACCGUUAUUACGAUUGUAUAAAAACAAGAGUGUACUGGCCUUAAUGAGUAGUUAGGACAAUUUAUGCACAUGUAUCUGCAGAGUUUGAAGGGCAACGCAUGUAAAUUGUGCCACUCACAUGAUUUUUAUGAAGCUGUUUGUCUUUACCGUAAUGCAAAAACUGUAUCUCAGUGGGCCACCACCAUUUUUCAAAAGUGGUUACCUUUUUGAAAAUAGGACUGCUUCAUCAUGGGAGACAUUUACCCAUAGAAAACCAAGGCGGCAUCAACAAAUUGCAAGUCUUUACCGAUAUUGAUCAAAUGACAUGAAUAUGACCCAUAACUUGAUCACAUCAUAUCAGCCUGUAAUCAAUGCCGUUGCGUUUAUUUAUUGAGCAUUGUGGAGCAUCUGGAUGGUCCCACGUGCUUGUGUCAACAUCGUGCAGCUGAAUUCAGCUUUGUUUAAUAUUAAAGAUCUAAUAAUAACUUAAAUCCAAAUCUAGGGGGGUGC